UGAGACCUUUCAGAGCUGCCAAGUGGGCGAGCUUCCAACAGCACUCGGACUGAGCAAGUAGCAGAGCCACCAAGCCGGCAGCAGGGCACUGGGCCUCGUGUUUCAACUUCUGUUCAGUUCUCCUGUAAUGGAAAAUUGCUUUGCACAAAGCUAGAGUGUUACAGUUUUUUCCAGCACCCAUCCCCUGCCCUGCCCCACCCCUCGGCAGCCUUCAGAUCAGGAGGACAGCUUGUACCCGCCCUCAGGAAGGUAGAAGGAGGGGAACCGUGGCUUCUUACUAUGUCCCUUGCUUCAGGCCCUAGCUCUAAGUUGUUACUCUUCUCUCUUGGAAUGGGGUUGGUAUCAGGGUCCAAGUGUCCAAACAAGUGUGUGUGUCAAGACCAAGAAGUAGCCUGCAUAGAUUUGCACCUAACGGAAUACCCAGCUGAUAUUCCUCUGAACACCCGGAGACUAUACCUGAACAAUAACAAAAUCACUAGUUUACCAGCUUUGCAGCUGGGAUUCCUCAGUGACCUCGUUUACUUGGACUGUCAGAACAACCGGAUUCGAGAGGUGAUGGAUUAUACCUUCAUCGGGAUCUUCAGACUCAUCUACCUUGACCUCAGCUCCAACAACCUAACUUCCAUCUCCCCUUUCAGCUUCUCAGUGCUCACCAACCUGGUGAGGCUGAACAUUUCACACAACCCUCACCUGUUGUAUCUUGACAAAUACGUCUUUGCCAACACCACGUCUUUGAGGUACCUGGACCUCAGAAACACUGGAUUGCACAUCAUCGACCAUAAUGGCUUCCACCACCUGGUGGUGCUCCAGACUCUGUACCUAAGUGGGAACCCCUGGAUAUGCAACUGCUCCUUCCUGGACUUCACCAUCCACUUAUUAGUGUCCCAUAUGGACCACCCAGAUGCCCAGAACGCCACGUGUACGGAGCCUGCUGAGCUGAAAGGGUGGCCCAUCACAAAGGUGGGGAAUCCACUCCAGUACAUGUGCAUCACACACCUGGACCAGCAGGACUACAUCUUCUUACUGCUCAUCGGCUUCUGCAUCUUCGCUGCCGGCACGGUGGCUGCCUGGCUCACGGGUGUAUGUGCUGUGCUGUACCAGAAUGCCCUCCGAACAUCGAGCGGGGAUGAUACCGAAGAUGAAACUGGGAGUAGAUUCGCCAACCAGAUUUUUCGAAGCAACACACACUUGGGCCCCAUUCGUCGGUUCCCUGAACUGAUCUAGCUGCCAGAGAGCACCACCGACUGUGCCUUCUCUGGUCUGGCUCCCCGCUUUCUCUCUUGCCCUCCCAUUUUACCAUCACUGUCUUGGAGACUGAAGCCCUCUAGUAAAAUAAAAUAUUUGGUGGUU